CACCGCGACAGACGUGGCGUGGGUGGAAAGCGAGGAGGACGGUCCGGUUCGAAUCAGUCGCAUUCACGAAGCGGCGCGCCGAGCACCACCAUUCGGUCGCUGUUCGCUUCUUUAAACCUCCGAGUAGUCCGCAUACACGUUGAAGAAGACGGAUUGUGAUUGUAAUUAGCCCUCCGACCCAAAGAAGAAUCUCUCUUCCUUUUCUCCUUUUGUUUUUAUUAAACUCGCCAUCCAGAUCGCGCGCGCGGUAUGUAGCGUCGCGGUGAAGUUUUCUGGACGGCCGACGAACGCGGCGCGUGAUUCCACGCGCCUCUCGGCUUCGGCUAUAAUUAACGCGGCCAAGAACCACUCCGACUCGCGGUUAUGCUGCUCCUCGACGAACGCGAGUUUUAACUACUUCGUUCCCGGGAGAAAAUAACAUAACCGCUCUGAGUGUAGCCAGUCAGUGUAUAAAUUGGGAAAGAAAUGGAUCAUCGUUAGAGGCGUCGAAGGAGGCUGUCACGGCCGUCGCGAACCUUGACCGUGAGUGCGCUCGAGCCUCUUCGUGGGACGACCUAUAAACCGGUCUAUUUUCAUCCUCGCAGUGUGCGAGCGGAUCGUGUCGAAACACCCCAAGCCGCUUUCUUCCAGCGACGCAGUUUCUCAGUGAACACAAUUUCUGUGGACACGCUGUGAACCGCGCCGCCAGUUCAUCGUUCUCUCGCAGUGGUCCUCGCUGUAAGGCAGCAAUACGUAGGAGGGCCGAAUUCGUUGUGUGUGAAUCUUGCUCCAGAUCGCGGAGGUUUUCAAUUUUGCACGUUUGUUCACGAUGCGGGAGUAGACAGCCAGGGAGGUAAAAAGAUACAGAAAGAGAGCCAGCGAGAAGGAAGGAGAGAGACAGCCGUGACGCUUUCAAACCGAUGAGAUGACAGUGCUGUGUGUGUUGUGGGCAACUCUGUCCACCGUGGCAUCGAUCCUCGCUUGUUCCGGAUUUUAUCUGCCUUACUGGAUACAGGGACGACUGUUGGGAAAGGCGGACGCUUAUUUUAGUUCCUUUCGACGCUGCAACUAUCCGCGGAUAAGAGCGCCAAACACGGCACCCGAAAUUGUUUACGAGUGCGCCAGGUACUCUAGCUUCUGGGAUAUACCGAGCGGUUGGUGGCAGGCUACCACUGUCACAAUGGGCAUUGGUGUCGCAAUCGCUGUAAUCGGUGCGCUCACUCUCUUAGCAGCGGCAUCGAGCUUCCUGCCGCACAUUUUGAAAACGCCUAAACAAACCAGGCUUCUGGGCUCCUUACAACUGCUCGCUGCAGUGAUGAUAUGCGGUGGCCUGGUGAUGUAUCCCAUAGGAUGGGACAACCGGGAGGUACGCGAGUCCUGUGGGAAGGGUGCUAAUGUAUACAAUCUCGCGAAUUUACUUCGGCUGAACUGGUGUCGUUAGGCGAAAUUCUACCCCCUUGACGAGGUAUAGAAAAAGCUGUGGAACGGGCGACAGGAUUACCUGCAUACAUCCUACAAAUGUAACGAGGUUCAUUCCGUUGGAAGUUUGCGCAUUUCGGUGGCGAAUUCUAAUGCCCGGGAACGUUUCGGCGCGAGCUACGUACGUACUAGCCUGUUCCCGGAAACCUUACGUAACUCAGUACCGAGACUUAUGGCGGUUGUAACUUGGCGAAACUGCGAGCCGCGUCAGCGACAAGUAAUCCUUGAUUUUCUCGCGAUUCCGGACCAGCCACUUUCAACCACUUCCACCUCGUUUUUCUUCCCGGCAGGGUGGGCGGUGCGAGAAAAUUUUACACCGGUAGUGGCACUCGAAUAAACGAUCAAACUUCGCGUGUAAAUCCUGUAACGGUGGGAAUUUACCGCGCGAAAUCGGACGCGCGUGGCUCGCCGGGAAUUCGUAAACGAGCGUGGAUUGCACGAUUGCGCACGGGGGUGCUGUUAACAGUUCUGGCAAUGGCAAAACAAUUAGGGUUAACAGGGCAAAUACACGAUAAUUUUAUACCUCCGCAACAAUGUGUUUAGGCAUUUGUAUCCGAGAUAACGCUAUCUUUGCUCUUGUUGACAUUCCUAUGUGCCACCGUUGAAGUCGACUCUGCGAAUAAGAGAUACGUUCUGCUAUUAUUUCGUGUGCGCAGUUAGUGAACGGGUAACGUCGGGAGAUAGUGAAAGCAAAUAGACAGACAGGUAACUUGUCGCUUGGCGACAAUCUGAUAACAAUGGGCAGUCUCGCGGUGUCAGGAGGCGGUAAUGAUGGAGGACGAGAAUAGAGACACCGUUGGGGGGUAGACAGGAUACAGGUUGGACGGGACACGUCAACCCGUUGACAGACGUAUCUCAU